AUGGCUAGAGUUGAGACUAUAUCUUCAAAUCCAAAUCUUGCUCGUCCACCGUCUGCCUCGUCUAGCAUUGCACCACGCCUGGCCUCCCUCCCAGCGAGCCCCGGAUCUGAGGAUGACACUCCUCCCCUACAUGCAGUCAAUGUCGCCCUGCGAUGGAACGGGUCAAAGACUAUGAUCUGGAGAGUCACGGCUACCUUCUGGUGUGCACUGGUCAUGGGGUCUAAUGACGCGGCAUAUGGAGCGAUAAUCCCUUACCUCGAGCUCUCUUAUGACAAGAGCUACACGGUCAUUUCCCUAGUCUUCCUGUCACCAUUUCUGGGCUACACCAUCUCCGCCGUUCUCAGUAAUCUGAUCCACCAGCGUCUCGGUCGUCGAGGUGUGGCGUUUAUUGGUCCAGCAUGUCACGUGCUUGCCUUCGCCGUCAUCUCGAGUAAUCCGCCCUUCCCAGUGCUGGUGAUAAUGUAUAUCUUCGUCGGGCUCGGAAGUGGGAUCCAGAAUGCCGGGUGGAACGUGUGGAUUAGCAGUCUGGCCAAUUCGCAUGAAGUUCUCGGAUGCUUUCACGGGUUCUAUGGUGUUGGGGCUACAGUCAGUCCGCUUAUUGCGACUACCUUGAUCACAAAAGCUGGCUGGGAAUGGAAUUCAUUCUAUUACCUCCUGACGGGAGCUGCGGUUUUAGAACUGGUUAAUGCCACCAGCGCCUUCUGGACGGAGACUGGAUCUAAAUACCGACAGGACAACCCGUCGACUCCAGGUAGAGAUGGAGGGGGAUCUCCCAACCAGACCAGACUAUCACUCACUUACCGAGUCACCUGGAUCUGCGCCAUCUUCCUCUUCCUAUAUGGCGGUGUCGAGGUUGCUAUCGGAGGUUGGAUUGUCGUAUUCAUGACCAGUAUACGUCACGGCAGUCGCUUUGCAUCCGGUAUGGCCGAAACAGGCUUCUGGCUCGGCAUUACACUGGGCCGGUUUAUAUUGGGGUUCGUCUCACCUCGCAUUGGGGAGCGACUGUCGAUUAUCGUAUAUAUUGUGCUGGCCAUUGCGCUUGAACUGAUCUUCUGGCUCGUUCCCAAGUUCAUCGUCUCCGCUGUAGCGGUUGCUCUGGUGUGCAGCUCAAAUCUGGCCUUCUUUUCAGAUAGAAAGAUCCAAUCCUUGACGCAAAAACUGGGGAACUCUCGCCUCAAAGAGUUGGUCGAUUGUAUUGAAGCAGUCAUCGAGGGCCUCUAUUUCAAGCGUAUUCAUCCGAUGUACCCGUUCCUUGACCGACAAAGCUUCGAGGAGACAGCGUUCUCGGCGACGCUCACACAGACGUUGGAAACCACUCCUGCCUUUUCUGCUCUAUACCACGCAGUACUUGCCUUGGGAUGUCAGUACCAUGAUGGUGGAUCGUUUGAUCCCGGAAAGGGCAAAGCAUGGAAGUUCUUCCAAAUGUCACUAGGCCUGAUGGCCGACAUCCUUGUACCACGCGAAUCGUUGCUUAGCCUGCAAGCUCUGACUGCUAUGUCCAUCUUUGCCAUGAACACCUGUUGUUUGCAGAUUGACGAAGUCCUAAUCAUGGAAGCAGCGCGUAUGGCGCACGCCCUCCGAUAUCACCGAGCCAUUUGCAGCAGAGAGCAACAAGUGUGGUGCCUGCGGACAUUUUGGGUCAUCUACGGCAUGGAAAAGCAGUUAGCAUUUCAAAAUAGGGAAAAUUCGCUGAUCGCAGAUUACAACGUGGGGUGCCCAAUCCCAGAAACACCAGAGGCAAACUUUGGGAGCUAUAACUGGUUUUUGUCCUCCAUCCGAUUUGCUAGGAUAACGUCACAAGCAUAUGAGCUUCUGUUCUCCAUUAGCGCCGCCCAGAAUUCCACAGAGACAUACUACACAACGAUUGAUUAUGUCCAGGAGCGCCUGGAAAAAUGGCGACUGACUGUGCCCGAACCGUUCCGACCGGGGGAAUCUUGUCCCCAACAGACCUACAACGAUCCUGUGUCGAAAAUGGUUGCUCUCCAAACUCACUACUCCUACUACAGCAUGACCAUUGCUUUGGCGCGGCUUACCCUACAGAUCGGUUCGGACGACGGUACGCGACAGGAAGACAGCAGACGAAGUCUGAUGGCUUCGGCUCGACGGAUAAUUGAGCUGACUCAAUAUAUUGACAAGGCACCCCAUACUCCACUGUUUAUACUUGCAAUCAUGCCACUUGUAGCGCUCUUCCUGCUUUUCGACUUUGUGGUCCACAAUCCCACACACUCGGAAACAAAGACCAACUUGGCAAUGCUUGAUAUUGUUUCAGGGCACUUCGCUCUUGUAGAGCAUGCAUCGAGUGGGUCCUUGCCCUGUUCAUUGGUCUCAGAGUUUGCCCAUAUAGCGCGACAGCACGUCAAAGAUAUCAACGGUGGACGUGGCCCUGGAGAUAUUAUGGAUGCCCCACUUACCCCGACGCAAAGGCCUUUCUGUGGUCAUAUCAGGACCGGAUCAAGCGUCGACAACCCACGAUCCAAUAUUGAACUCAGCGGGGGGUUUGAACCGUACAAACAGACAGAUAGCGUCGGUCAGCCAACAGACGAUCUAUACUAUUCUUCAAUGGAUGCCAGUUUCGACUUCGGUAGCGAUCCUCUGUUGCCCGGAAUCGAUCUACGGACGUUGUUUGGGUCGGUUAUCUCGGGCGGCUUUGAUUCUCCUGAAGAUGCCUCUAGUUUUGUCCGACGAUUCAAACAAUUACACGGUUGCUUGCCCCCAACAAGAGAACACCAUAUUGAUCCUGUGUUGGGUCUGGAUGAAGUGCGGACUAUGCUUCGGAUGUUUCGAGAGGACCGGUUUCUGGAAUGGGCGCUAGAAAAAUAUCGACGCCAUGGGAACACCUUCACGACUUCCGUUCUGGGUGACGAUAAUAUAUGCACCGUGGAACCAGAAAACAUCAAAACUAUUCUGGCCGUGAAGUUCAAGCAAUUUGACCUGGGAGAGAAAAGACGGAGGACGUUCCAUCCGCUCUUAGGCGAUGGCAUUUUCGCAUCCGAUGGCCGACAGUGGGAACAUUCUCGGACUCUGUUGAGACCGAGUUUCACUCGGACACAGAUCGCGGCGACCGAUCUGUAUGAGCGACACAUUCAGCGGCUGAUCAGUCAGAUUCCGCGAGAUGGGUCAACGGUGGACCUGCAAGAGCUCUUUUUCAGUUUGACACUCGAUACGGCGACCGAGUUCCUGUUCGGAGAGUCGGUUGAGUCUUUACGUCCUGGAUCUUCCGCAGAAUCCUCUAGCUUUGCCUAUCACUUCAAUGUGGCCCAAGAUGGCAUAGCUUUCAGCGUGGCGCUCGCACCGUUUGACCGAAUGAUUUUUCGACCCAAGUUCAGAGAAUCUGUCAGAGAGGCUAGAGGCUAUGUUGACAACUUCGUCAAAAAGGCCAUCCAAUACCGACAUUCGCUGGACGCCGAGAAACAUGCGGGCGAGACAACAAACUCACAGUCGCGAUAUGUAUUUCUCCACGAGCUCGCUAAGGAAACGGACGACCCCACCGAGAUCACUGACCAGAUCUUGAAUAUCCUGCUUGCAGGGAGAGACACAACCGCCAGUCUCCUAAGCAUGGUAUUCUAUCAUCUCGCACGGCGUCCAGAUAUCUGGGAUCUUCUGCGGAGCGAGGUUGCAACACUUGACGGGAAAUGCCCAUCAUUCGAGGAGCUGAAACAGUUGAAAUACCUCUCCUGGGUCAUUAAUGAAACCUUACGCCUAUACCCCGUGGUCCCAUCCAAUAGUCGCACCGCGAACGAGGACACCUUCCUCCCCGUCGGAGGUGGUCCAGACGGAAAGUCACCCGUGUUCGUCGCCAAGGGCCAGCGAGUCGCCUACGAUGUGUAUGUGAUGCAUCGACGCCAGGAUAUUUUCGGCCCCGACGCGGAAGAGUUCCGCCCGGAACGAUGGGAGACCAUACGACCCGGCUGGGCUUUUGUACCGUUUAACGGAGGCCCUCGCAUCUGCCUCGGACAGCAGUUUGCCUUGACUGAGGCAUCUUACACCAUCGUCCGAAUCGUGCAAUCGUUCAAGGGGAUCACCAAUCGGGACCCGGACCCGUGGGAGGAGCGUCUCGCGCUUACGUUGGCGAGCAAGCACGGGACGAAGGUGGCGAUGGUGCCUAUUUAG